UAUUCUGAGGUCAAUUUCUUCAGCCUACAGUGAACUAAACUAUAAGACUGACUCGGUGUGAUGGUGUUUCAAUGCGUUGUUUAGACACUUCGUCCGAAGAAAUCCCGCGUGGGGUUUUGAAAUCCCCAAGGUUGUAGCGUCGAUUUGUUUUGUAUUCGUAUUUGUUCAUUUGAUUAUAUUUCUCCAAUGAACUUGUAAUGAACAAGUUUCUACCAACAUCUCAAAUUGAUUGGCUUCUUAUGGAUAAACCGACGGUCGACCCUAUUCUGUUAGGACUCGAUGAACAUAAUGAUAAUGGUAUGCAAGAAAUAAAUGAGUUGUUCUCAAACACAUGUGAAGACCUUCACAGGAAAGAGCAUUAUGCUGCUGAUUCCUCCAAUCAAUUUGAAGUAGAUGGAGGUUCAUGUGUUGAUUCGGAAUGCCAUGAACCGUGGGAGACUAAUUUUUGUUCAUCUGGAAUAAAUGUGACAACAUCUGGAACACCAAGGUAUACAUCUAGCAUAACCGCUGGUGUCCUCAAGUCAUCUCAAAGUACACUGAAGACGAUGUAUGAUGAACGUGACGUUUUUGGCACCAUAAAAUGCGACGAGCCAGCUUAUCAGUCUUGCGAGGGGGUUGCAGAAACUGUUGACAAACACAACGCUCUUGAGUAUUCCAGAAGUUUGACCCCUACAGAACCAUUUGUUAAGCGACGUUUGACAGCUCAGGAAGUACCCGAACAUUCACCUAUAAGUACGGCUAUCCACUGCCAUUUUAGAGAUCCAGGGCCUUUAAACUCAUUUGGCCUAUUCCAAUCUUCUAAUAAAACUCAUGACUCCCUAACCUUACGCUCUGAUUUCCCUAAUCUUGAGGUUGGUUCUUUCGCCCCACUUACAGAACCUUCAUGUAUGUUUUCAACUCCCACGGUUAUGCCUUCUGUAGAUUCUUUGAAUCAUCGCGAAACAUCUGAAGUCGAUUCUCAAAUAUUAAAAGAAACGGAAAAAGUAUCUCCGAAUUCCAGUCCUGUUUGUCGUCGACCUGGCCUUUUGAAAGGAUCGGGCCCUUCCUCUCCUUCUGCUGCUCAUCAUUGCAGUCUUUGUGGUAAACAAUAUCGUCAUGUUGCUUCUUUGAGAAAUCAUAUGCGUAAGCAUACAACAGGAGCGCUUACUUCAAAGCGAUAUAAGUGCAACCACUGUGUGUAUUCAAGCCAGUACCAUCGUAACGUGAUCAAACAUAUGGAAGCAACUCAUCGUGAUCAUGAAGCACUCUCAACAAACAACACGACUGUUUUUCCUGAGAUGGGUUCCACCCCGUGUGAUUCAGUCGCUUCUGAUGACUUGAAGUCGGGUUUUAUUAACUCUCGCGUUUGGAUUCCAUGUACCAAAGCUGAGCCAAAUGCCUGUUGUACCAUGUCUGGUACAACUGAUUCCAAAGACUUACCAAUCUUUUCAAAUGUUGAGCAAUCCACGGGUUUUCCAGCUCCAAACCUAGAACCUCAUAUUGUUUCGCGUCAAAUAUCAUCAAAUUAUGGCUCUAGAAUGGCGAACAAGCAUUAUGAAAGCGAUCAUGUUGGUAAUUUAGGGACAGUAAUGAUCGCUAAUGAUGCCUCUAAAUCCUAUCGAUGUGACAUUUCAGGUUGUGAUCAGGCAUUCCAGUCUGUUAAAUAUCUAUCAAAUCACAUAAAGGAUUCACAUCGGGAUAUAAAGAGAUUCAAAUGUCCACUUGAAGGAUGCUCAUUUUGUGGGCUACGUCGUAUGCACCUCAAACGUCAUAUUACCGAGUUUCACAGUGAUAAAAAGCUAUCACUGUACAAAAUGUUGGACCAAAAUCGGCUUAAUCAUGAGCCGUAUAAUUCUGUCCAACCUGUAAUGAUGUAUGGUAGACAGGAAGGUCUUGCACUCAAUGUAACAAAAUUAUCCGACAGUCAACCAUUAAAACGGCAAUGUUACAAUUCUCAGAUGAAUAAUUAUGUCCCUUUGGAUCCUUCUUAUGCUAGUGACAACUCGUACCACGAUCCUAGCUGCCGUGGGAGUGAUGUAUAUUCCUUUCCGAUCUCAGGUUUUUCACAUCCAUCUGGAGAUUGUUGUGUCUCGGAAGACACUGAUAGUAUGUUAUUCAGUCACCCAGCCUCUAAAAGCUUCGAGCAGAAACCUCAUUCAUAUAUCCGUAUGUCAAAUCAAAUCAAUAGACCCUUUGGAAAUACGUCUAGUAGUAAUAUGCCGUUCCAUAUUGAACAACGUGUAUCUGUGAACAAAGCCCGUUCAAUUAACCCUUCGAGCGAUUUUCAUAUCCAGUCUCCAUAUCCUCUUUCCGUAUCAAACCAGUCAGCUCAUUAUCACCAACGUGAUCCAAAUACAUUGGACAAUGAUCUUCAGUUAUCAUGUGAAAUUGUGAAUAGCGAGUCUUUACAGGAACAGCAGGAAUUCUCACAAAGUGCCGUCUAUUCUAAUGUAAAAUCACUGUCUUUUAGUCCAAAUGACCCAUCUACUAAUCGUAUGACUGAACCUGAUGUAGUUGAACAGCUUUUAGAUUCGACAAAUGCUCCGAAUAUAGUUUUGGACCAGAUUCUGUGUGAACCAAUUGAACCAAAUAAAGAUGAUGAAGUUAGAGUUGAAACAUCCACAUUGUCUACUGCAACUGUGAAUACCUCUCAAAUCUCUCCUUUGAAUUCCAAAGUUCUGUCUAAUAAUGUAAAAAGUUCUGUAUCUGGAGCAAAUAUGUCAAUUAACAUUGUACAUACUAGCAACAUGCUCUCAGAGACUGAUGCAUUCUUAUCCGAUUUACAAGAAAUCCUCGAACGUGACAUGCCCAUGCUGACAUCUUCAACACCUAAGGGUCUUGAUUCUUCAGAGCUUGUUUUAGUCACUGUCAAAGAAGCUAUUUCUGAGUCGAAAUCUCCCACUGGAAUAACUGGAUGUAAGCUAACAAGCACAUCGUCACUACCAAGCACUGACUCUGGGCAUGAAUGUUGGAGCAGUAGCAGCAGUUGCAGUGUUGGUCCUACUAAUGCUUCCACAUGGGGUCAGCAAGAAGCUACAACUCCUUUAAAAGUUUCUUCUCCGUCUUCGUCUUCAUAUCCAUCUAACCAGCCUUCUGGAACAAAUCACUCAACUCCUAGUAUUUUUGAUAAUCAGGUUACAGAGCAAAUUAUCAAUGAACAGUUCUCUGAUCAUGAUUCUCAUGACCAACUGUCAAGCAAAUGUUCCAAUACUCUCCACUGUGCAGCUAUUACCGUUGAUGGCAUGCCAGUCACUCCACAAAUGUCAUCAGUCGUCGGAUCACAUCAUACAUUACCUUUAAAGUCAAAUAAGAAUGUUCGCUUAAACAGUGCCAGUCAACUUUCUCAUGGUCAUUCAUCUUAUCCUCAUAGUACGUUAUUUGUUUCAGCUUCAGUAUAAUUUUAUAUAUACUCUCUUAUAUUUUUUCUAUUUGGUCUAGUAUACUGUCGGUAUUUUUUAAAAUUCCAUUUAGUGGCUGGAAUCCCAACUUCCUACAAGUUAAGUCUUCCUGAAAAUUAUAGAGCUCUCUACGACCGAAAAGUCCUGCGAGUAAUGUCAAUGAGAUUAUAAGACAGAGUACAGAACCGCAUGAAAAUAGCAUUUCAAACAUACCACAGGUAGUCGAUGAUAAUAACUCAGUGGUACUAACUUCGUUCAAAAUUCCCAAUCUCCUACUUAUAAUUCUGAAAAUCCCCGUCUACAAUAUUCACAGGAUCAUAGUGCUUCCAACCAAAUCUCUUCUAUGUACAGAUUUUCAGGUGAUCAGUCAAUGAAUCAACAAAGUUCUGUUCCAUUUUACUCAAGUCAUAAUUCUUAUGUGUCAAGUGAUUUAACGUCCAAUCAGACAAUGUUCAGUUAUCAGCAAAAUGAAGCUCAACAGAUGUGUCAGUAUUCAUUUAAUCCAUCAUCCUUACAUUCAGAACCAACUUAUCAUUCCUCCUACGUUCAGCCAAAAUAUCAGAACUAUAGACAUAAUGAGACUGAUGUACGACUAACACCGUUCAAGAACUAUCCACCCAACCCUCAGGAGCAGGUUUACUGGCAGCCAAAUGCUAAGUAUCGUACAGGUAUGUUGAUCGCUUAAAAUAUUUCUAGAUAUCCAUUUCUAAUUAUCAGUAAAGUAUAACAAAACUACAUUUUUAUUCAUUUAACAAGUUAUCGAUAAUUAUUUCAGUAUGUUGUUGAAUAUUACAUAAACACUUACAUGAUAUUAAGUUUAAUUAACUAUCGGCACUACGACAAGAACCCUGAAAUAAUUAGACUAUAUCUGUUUUGGUCAUCGAUUUUUUUCAGCGUUUUGCUUCUAUUUAAUAUGAACACAGAUGAAGUUUUGUUAAAUUCAGUGUGUAGCGAAAAAAAAAGUUUUUACGAUCAUACGUGUGUAUUAUUUGUCUCAGUGUAGUUCAAUUGUUGGUGCUGUAAUGCAACAAACUUUUCACAUCGUAAUAAUAACACCGGAAUAAUAUAAUAAUCUAUCUCCAUUCACACAGUAGAGACAAAAAGAAACUCCAGACUAAGACGCAACAAUAAUUGACAGUCAUCUACUGUCGUUCUAUAUGUAACAUCUGAAAUUUUCUCAACUAUGUACAAGCACAUCUUAAUAGCAUCUUGUUUUUUAUUUCAAAUUACUAUACUAACUUUAUAACAUUUUCAUUUAACCAAUUGGUCAGCUCCACCUUCGUCCCUCUUCACUCUGAACUAACUGUUUAGCCAGUAUCAGUCUACUCGUUCCACAUUUCGGCUUCAUUAUUUAACCAUUAACAGUUUCGUUUUAGUGAUUGAAGAGUCGUGUUUAAUUGGUGAGGAGAGUGUUAAUGACGUUUUUUAAGAUAUCAAAAUAGGUACUGCAGAAAAACGAGGAAAGAAACUGUGUUGAAAUGGAUUAUAAGGAUAUUUAUGGCAGGGAGCGAUUCGAUAACAAAUGUAACCUUUAAAAUUUGGGUGUGAUUUAAGUUUAGGUUAAUGUCGGAUGGAAUUUAAUUUUAAAGGCAUUUCUUUAGUAUUUAGAGAAAUAAAAAAGAAUAUUUGAACUUGAGAGUAUAUUACACUGUUUUAUUUCAGUUCUUUCUUGGAAACUUACUAAACAAGUUAAAAACUGUAAUUAAAAUGAAAGCCAAUUGUUACGAGGACGCUUUUGGUCAUUGAUCAGAUUAAAGUUUCAAUUGCUAAAAUCAAUGAGUAGAAUGCUAAUUAAUAGACCAACUCAACAAUAUUAUGCAACCGGGUGAUAGAUACUCACAAGACUGUAUUACUAAACUAAGCCCCUGAAUGAUUAGGAAUCAUAGACAAGAUCACUUAACCAGGUGAAUGCGUUUUCCGUAUAAUAAAAUAACAUGCUCACAUACAGAAUAUGAACAUGAUAAUAUAUCAAGUUGAUAAUUGGAAGAAAUCAGUUUGUAGAUCGCUUAUUCUCUCAUCAAUCAAGUCAUAACUUUUAAGUCAAAUCCUUAAGCAUCGUAUCACCACCAUUAAACAAAAAUGACAAAUCGAUGUGAAUAAUAGUUCUGUAUCACCUAAUGUCUCCGACUUCGGAGUAGGACGACAGUCUGUUAAGUGUAAGUAUUCAAUAAUUAUUUUCUCAUGUUUUGAACAGUCUGCAUAAUUUGCCGAAAGUGAACCAAUCCAAUCAUUAACGUACUUGUCAGAAAUUUCAAUCAUUAAAACAAAUGACACGUUAUUUUAUUUUAUUUUUUGAGUAAUAAUAAAACGUGACAAUUUGCUGUUUAUCCGACUGAUUCUUAAAAAUUACGAUCGAUAGCCAGUCAGUUCUUAAUGCGCUCAAGAAUUACCCCUAGGUUGCGUGAACGAAGUAGGCUUCAGAUGAUAAAUGUAGGAGAUUUCAAAAGUAGUACAUUACGAAAUGUAUCAAAAAAGUAAGUUGGGAAUAUGAUUUCAGAGUGAUAAAUUGUUCAGUACUUAAGUUAUGUACAGUGACCGAAUGCUUCUAAGUCAUUGUGCUGAUUAUUUUUCACUAAUAUGAUCUAGAGACUAAACGUUUGACACACACCUACCGUCACAAACUUCACGAGGGUAACUUAGUAUUCUUAAGAGGCUACGUACUAAAAUCAGUAACCUUAUAGGUUAUUCCGAGCAUUCGAAGACCUCUGCAAAUCAAUUGUUUGUUCCUUAUUUUUCUUUGUGUGAAUUGUUCGGCGAUCCGUUCUUACAAAUCUGCAUACUUUUUGAACAAUUUUAGAGGCUAUUCUGUUAUUCUAGAUAACUUGAUAGAUGAUCAAGUUGUCAAAACCUAUUUUAUCCCACAAAGAAGAUUUUCAACUCAGGUAUGAAUGCUUUUGGUGGCGUAGCGUUCUCUGAGCUAAAUAAUUUGACUGCAGAGCUUCCAUUGUCACUAGACAUUUCCAGUGCCUACUUCAAGUCGAAGUAAACUCAGUUAUUCCACAAGUCUUACAACAGUUGAUUCCUAUGACCGACCUUCAUUAGUGCUAGUUAGGGUAACAAGAUUUGUACCAUAUAAAUUAAUGUUAUAAUAAUUGGGACUGAUUGGAUUGAAUGAAGACUCACAUUUCUUAGUUUGUUAUUUAUGUGUCAGAUAUACUAGCCGAACUAAAACUAUUGGUACUAAGUAUGACAAAUGGUUUUUUCCGUACAAUUUCCGGCUAUUAUCCUAAGCAUACUUUUGGUCUUACCUUGGGUUGCAUUUGUACUUCAACGCCGUUUACUGAUUAAAGUUCUUACAUUUCACUCAUAUAUUCACUUCAGAAGAGUAGUGGUCCAAUGACUAGGCCAUGCUUAGACGAACGUCACCUACUUAUUGUUAGAGCCCUUAGAAGAUGGACCAACUCCCACGCAUUGAAUGUGAUUUACGCCAUACUUAUUACUCAAACAUUUUUUAUAUACUAUUACCAUCAAACUAACUACUUCAAUGAAUUUGAUGUUCAUCUUGUUGUGCUAAUAAAGUAUGGCAACUUGGACCGAUACAUAUAUGUGCCUGGCCAACUAUUUUUUAAACCAAAUGGUUAUUAGUCGUUCAUUUUCAGGUAACUUAAUUCUAUAGCUCAAGACUGACAAACAAUCCAGUUUUUUAAUUUCCCAGUCAUAUAUUUAUGUCGAGCACAUUUUGUAAUUAUCAAGGACCACAGUUUGUUGCGAGAAAUGUUAUUUUAUCGAUUUCACUGUAAUGUAUCCCGGCAUGUCUUUUGCUCGUAUAUGAGUACAAUUAAAAUCAUCCCAGUUUACUUGGAGAUUUCGAAGUAGCAUACUCCACCUAAAAUACGAUAUGGUCCAUCUAUUAGUAUUACCAUUCCUCACAUAUAGUAUGUACCUAAAGCCCCAAUUACACAAACCUGUACUUGACAAAUAGUUACACAUCAACUAAAACAUUUUUGAAAUGAAAUCACUUAAUCAUCACCUUUGCUUUGGAUAUAGUUUACAUGGUUGAUUACUAUGAUUGACUUUGUAUUCAUUUUCAAAAAUCGAAUCUACCGUCUGUAGUCAGUAGUUGGAGACUUUUGUUGAUACUGUCAAAGGAUAAUAGAAACCAUGAGUGCUGAUGAAUCAGUAAGAAGGAAUUUAAAGUGGAAAAAUACCUGGACAGUACAGUACACACAUUUCCUUAGCUUUGUACCUCUACAUUACAAAAGAAACCUGACCAAAACUCUUAGUUAUCGAAUACGCACUAUAUGUUCUACGUAUAUAGUUAAAGAAUAGCUAAACUCCUUGCGCAGUACGCUUGGGAAGAACGGAUACCCUGUAAAGUUUAUGAACAAAUAUAUGAUCACGAAGGUUUGGAUAGGCGAAAUACAAACGGUGUAUAAAAAAACCCUGUUUAUGUGCCUACAAUUCGGAGGUAAUGCAGCUAGCGUAAUAUUAAUCCAGAGAUUACGCAGUAAAAUCCAAAAAUCACUGAACGCCAGAGAACUACGACUAGUGUUUCCUACGCGCCCAAUGGUGACACCGAGGCUAAAAGACGAAUUACCUAGAACAACCACCCGGUUUCUUAUCAGUUCGACUGCUCUUGUAGAGAAAGUUAUAUUGGUCGAAGUUCUAGGAAUUUACAUUUUCGUGCUUGCGAACGCCUCCCAGAGUGGCCAGGCAAAUGUCUUGUAGAGAAAGUGAACAGCUCAAUGUUGGCCCAUUUGGUUUAAACAGGUCAUAGUUCUAGUAUAUGUCAAGCCUUUUCAAUUAUUUAUCGGGUUAGUAAUUUUUUGCCGAAGCUUGUCAGACUCAUAAUCCUUCAAACGACGAAAGCAAUAACCAUUCGGAUUAAGAAACCGAAAAUAUGUGUACGAAAGAAAUAUCUCCAACUUCUUCUCUUGCCCUGGUCAACUUCAGGGCCAAUUAAUCAAUAGUAAUGUUAGCUACUGAAUGACCUAAUUUGACUAAUGUACUUACGACUUUCCUUAAUCAAAUAUAAUUGUGAUUUCAAUAGUUGAAUCCAUGAGUCGAUGUAAGCUAGACCACCAUUGAAAACGUGAAAACACUAAACGGCCCUUUCUUCCUAGUAUGGAACUCCAGCAGUGCGUAUCCAUGAUCCCGCAUGCGGGACUCGAGCCCAGGGCCUUCGGUCUCGUGUGCGAACGCUUAACCUCGACUACUAAGGAGGCAUCCAACGGUGUUAAUAUCUAACUUCGAUUGAUCCGUGAUCUUGUACAACCCUUCAUUAUCUGAAUUGGAUGACUGUCUCACGCCUGAUACGGAUUAGAUUCCACUGAUCAUGGCUUCCAGAUUAAAUCGACCCAUGAAUUCAACUACUAAAAUCACUACAAUCUCCACAAACACCCAUUGUAAUAAAUAUAAUUGUCUCUUAUCUUUAUUCACAUAUCUUCGUAUUAUUAUUAUUAUUGGUUUAACAUCAUUAUUAGUCUCUCGAGUACAUGAUACAUUCACUUCGCAUUCAUCCCGCUUUCUUAUAUUUUACUAACUUUUUACACAUUAUAGUCUUCGACUGAACAUUUAAUCGAAUUUGUAAUUGCAGUAUUAUUUCUCUCAUUUUAUCUGACCUAUAUUUUUUCUGAUCAUGAACCUUACAAUUUCACUUAACACAUAAACUGAUUCAAGUUAACGUUCCAUAUGAAUCAUCUUAACAUUAACAAUCCUAAAUUCAAAUCCUAUAACUUUAAACAAUGCACUUUACUCUAAACCUGACCACUUUUCAGAUUAUUAAUUUGGAUAUAUAAUUGUUGAACCUAAAGAGAAUUUAUUGAAAAUGAUAUUCUUCGUUUAUAUAUUAGUCUUUUAAUAGAAAAUAGCUAAAAAAUAACUCGGAUGAAGUUUAUUUCAACUUCAGAAAAUCAUCUUUUGCAGUUGUUUAGUUUAGUUCAGCAUUUUAAUUUAUCAACAUGUUUUAAAUUUCUUCUACAUACAAACAGACUUCUACGAACAAAUGCCUAACAAUCCUCCUAUAUCAUGCCGCAAUAUAGUUUUUAAUACACAUGAAUCAUAUCCUUUUGAAAAUUCAAUGCCUUAUUCACAAAACAGCUCAAUAUCAACGCGAGUUACUGACUCUAUACUUAGUGAUAAUGAAAAUAAAUCUACGCAUAAUCUUCGACAUUCGGAUCAAUUAUCUAUUCGAAAUUCCACUUGUCCUACUCCAAAAUAUGUUAACUUUCCAGAUACAGACAAUCUCCCUUGUGAUAGAACUUUUCAAACAACUCAACAGCCGGUUAGUAAACGUUGGCCUACUCAAGAACAACAUUUAUUUAAUCCUUAUAGUUCAUAUCCUUCGUCAAACUAUACUGAUAAUCUGCAAAUGACAUCCCCGAUGUAUCCAGUUAGGCAACCACCCAUACAUUCCGUUUCACGUGUUAGAUCAGAAGAUUCCAAUUCGUGUAUAAAUUCAUCAAACCGUAUACAAAAUCAUGGAUCUUAUUUUUCAAAUCAACCUCCUUCAGCUUCACAAUAUUUCUCAAAUUCUGCUUGUUAUUCACAAUCACGUUCAAGUCAUGUUUUUUCACCUCAUUCCCAGUAUACACCAUCUCAAUCUGUUUAUCGUGACAUGUCACAAAAUGAAAACUACCUUAUUGGUGAUAGGCGUUAUUGCACUUCACAAUCCAACUCAACUAUCCAAGCAAAUAUUAGACAUUCGAACAUGGGAACUAUUGGAAAUUGGUCUGUGGACAAAAAUUCAUCUUAUGCAGGAAAUCAACAAGACACUAUAAUUCCACAAGGAAUCAACAAUUCUAAUGUAGUUGGCUAUUCAACAGAAUCUAAUCCAGCUAAUAUUGAUCAACAUCCAGAUAGCUGUCAACAAUUCAUACCCAAUCCACAAAAUUCACAUUUCAUUUCAGACUCAGUGGAUCAUGUGAACUCGUCGUUGGAUAAUCCAUCGUCUGUGAGUAGUUUUCUUUGACAUUUUGUUUUUGUUUGGUUAACUUCAUUGUGUCCACUAUGGGUUACAGUUUGAAUUGUUAUAAUGUCUCUUCUGCGUCCCAGUGAUUAAAUCAUUCCACCUCUGAAUAUCAAUCAUAGAUUCACGCCCACCCUAGCAUAUUCAUUUUGGGCAACCAGUAACCUCCUCCAGCUUUUUUGUAUAGUGAAUAUAGUCUCAUACUAACUACUGAGCUUUUAUUAUUUCCUUAACAUGUUUCUUACUAGUUAAUUUUAUGUAAUUUCUCUACUUAAUUUGUUGGUUCAAAGUUAUACACGCGUUUACAAGUUUCGAAGUUUGCCUUGUUUUCCUAAUUUUGAUGUGAAUAGUCACAUAAGUAAUUGUUGCUCACAGAUCAUUGUAUAUGUGUAUAUAUUGAAUAACUUCAUAAUGGCAGGUGUCGAAAGCCACUGGUUGAAUGAAAACAUGGGAUCUACGACUUAAUUAUUUCUGUUUUGAUCAUCAUUGUUGUAACGAUUGUUACUACUAGGCCUGAUAUUCAAGGUCAACCCUACCUUAUACAGUACAUACUAUAUGGUUGGCGAAGUUACUUCAUUAGCUGAACGUCAAAAUUAAUAUUUUAAAGUCUCUUAAAAUAUCUUACCGCAUUUAUUUUCUGUUAAAACGCAUCUGUCUCCCAGUAUCAGUUCAUUGAGAGAUUACGUCAAUAAUUCGGUCUCGUGGAUAGCCAUCACUUGGUCGCUUCUCAACAUUGCAUAUCACAUACUGAUCCUCACUUUUUCCCUUCAUUUUAACAAUCGAAUGUUAGGUCAUCAAAUUAUAGUAUCCUUAUCCAUAACUGCAUAACCUUGUUGUGCUGCGUUACAGUGACAAAGGUUAAAUUGUUCCUGUAACGUGAAUUGUUUACCACUUCUUUUCAAUGAGUCAAAUUCCAUGUUGAAACAUCGACUUCGGUGGCUUGGUCAUGUUUUACCAAUGUCGUCCCAGAGAAUUCAACGUCGUGCAUUAUUUGCCGACUCUGGGACCGGUUGGAAAAAGCGGAGAAUCGGUCAGCGUAUGACAUGGUAUCCUGGUAUAAAAGAAUGCUGUACAGGACUGGCUUCUGUUCGUCCUUCACGACUCCACUGCUUGGCCUCCGAAAGAUGGUGCAACACAGUGGCUAGAGACGUCAUCAGACAUGGUUCAGAAUAUAGACCAGUGGCGAUCCUGUUGUAACUUUUACUUUCUUCAUAGAAAAUGAACGUUACUUUAACUGAAAGAAUUCUUUCUAGUUUUAGUUUUGCUAACUGAACUGUUUUUCCUAUUGUUAUUAUUAUUAUCUCACUCUCGUACACUAAUUUCCGUUGGUGUUCUUUUUAUUAUACGCACUUUACAUUCCUUAUCUCUUCACAACCUCAUUGUUAUUGUGUGGCGAAUACGUAUUUGGUGCCCCUUGUACCAAUGUUUAUGUGUUCAAAUAAAUAAAUCAUAAAUACAACAACCCAUGACUGGAGUGUAGAAGUUUACGUCUAAUCUAUAUUUUGGGUAAUUGAAUAAUUUGUGGACCAUAUCAUUCUUGAUUUUACAUCGUUCAACUAAGUAAAAUUUCUCAUUUUUAGAUGCUUUACAGUAGUAAGCGGAAUUUAUGUAAUCGAUAGUCUGACAGUGAUACAAGCCCUUACCGGCCAAUGAAAAUUAAUGUAUUUGCGACAAAACAUGUUCGAUGACUUGUGCUCGUGGCUUUAUAUCAUUUCAAAUUCAAUCAUCUAUUCCUUUGAGCAAAUCUUAGGUAAAAGUUCAAUACACCCUACCUUUAUUCAGUAUCUGAUUGGUAAAAUAUGGUUUUGAAUUUGAUACCUUCUCUUGGAGCGGUGGCUCAGUGGUCAUAACGUUCAACUUUUGAUCACUAAGUUGCAAGUUAGGUGUCCUCUCCAGCUACUUCAUACGGGACAACUGGGUAACACUACGAGCUUAUAAUACACUUGUGGUGAUCUACUUCAAAGCCAAAUUCACAAAUCUGUUCCUUGUAAAUAGGCUCAUUACUAAAAUUGGUCAAAAUAUGAAUAAUAGUUCCUACUAAUCAUGUUAACAUUAAAUGUUACUGUCUGUUUCAUAUCAUUAGAGAAUAAAGUGAAAAAUACCUGUCUGACAAUUGAUGGUCUCUACUUGUUUAUUGCUAAUCUUAUGACAGGAAAACUAACAUGAACUAUGAAAUUCUGUUAUGACUUUAAACUUGGGUCGAUUUUUACCCUGUGCUAAUUGUUGUGUCCUUGACUGAAAAAUUAGAGAGCAGCGUAUUUAUCGAUCGAUUCAGUGACACGUAAACACGUACGGACGGCCUAGAGUCUCGAUUGGUCCCGCUUCCCUGUCUAGCCCAGUCAGUUGAGUCCAGAACACAAGUCACAGCCUCGGAGAUAUGAAUCAUUGUAUUUCAGACAUACUCUAUUUAUAUACCAACCAAACAAACCACAUCGUACCAUAAAAAUAGAAAACAACAUUUGUACAAUAUUUAACGAAUGAAAUAAAUAAUGGCAAAUAGGAAAUGUCCAUUUAACGUCCAAGGACAUCACUAGACUUAACAUGAUAAUGAUUGGCACAUUAUUCUGCAUCCAUAACAAAUUCCAUUCUUCUUAAGUGAUAACUACCAAACAACAUGGCUCUGAUCAAUCUCUCAAAUGUUGGUUAUAUAUGUAUAGCCGUAGGUAGAUGAUAUUUCUUCAUGUUACUAGUCAAUUUACUGUUUUUCUCUUGAUUCUUUUAUCUUUUCACAGGGUCCACUAUGUGAAUAGUGUGCUGUAGAAAACACAAAUAUCGUGAUCUAAAGAAGUUUAUUUUGUCCUUUAUCACUUACUACGACUGUGUUAACUUGUUAGGAUAACUCAAUAAUCAAUGUGCCGUAUUGUAAUCAGAAAAAUGAUUCCCCUACUGAAUGAUUAUCCAUAUUCUUAAAACUUGACAAUAGAUAUUUUCAAAUUCAGCAAUAUACAACACAUUUCACAAAGUGUCUCAUAUAUAUAUGUAUAUCCCUUUUGUUUUCUAUCAGUUUUCUUUUGAUCUACUUGUUAUUCCUAGAGUAAAAUGUAUUUCAUAUUUUUUACAAAUUCGUCUAUUUGUUUGAUAGUGAAAACUAGAAAAUUUUCUAUUUUAUUUUUAAGAAAAAGAGAAUAGAAUGUUUAUUUGCAAUUUGAUGUUGAUAAUAUGUUCAUACACUACUCUCUCCCCUAUCCUUUUCAACUUCACGUCACCUUUAUUGAUAACAAUAGACAAGUGCCUAUUCCCCCCUUCAUAUAUAUAUAUAUAUAUAUAUAUAUAUAUAUAUAUAUAUAUAUAUUCUAUUAUUUGUUUGUUUAUUCUGGUGUGAAGUUGUGUGUUAAAGUGCGUACAGCCUACACUACUGAUUAAUUUGUUUUGUAAACAUGUUUACCAAAUUUUUUCUUCUCGAAGGCAUUAUAUGUCCAGGUAAUAUUUUAUUCACUGAACGAUUAUGUUUACUCUCCUGUGAAACUACUAUCAUUUCGGUGUAUUGCACAUAAUUGUGUAUGUUCAAUUAAUAUCAUUCCAUUCAUUGAUAUUUCCUUUCUUGAGAGAAUGUCAUAUUUGUGUUUUGUGUGUAUUUAUCUUGAUUCUAUACAUUUAUUUUAAUUUACUCUCUUGUUGUUUAUUAAGAGGAUUUCAAUUUUCUAUCAAUAAUCAUGGUUUUCUAUUAUAGAUUUAUGUUGAUGAUGUUUGGUGUGUAUAAUUUUGUUGUUGUGUUAACUACUAUCAUUAGUUAUUUAUUACACUUCCUUGUAUUAUUGUUAUAAAUUACACAACAGUAAUAAUGAUAAUAUUUAUGUCAUAAAUUUUUUCCUUUGAUUUUUCAUUUAUUCUUCUGUUGUUGUGUACAUUUUACAUCUUCGGAAGAAGAAAUAAUUAAGUCCACUUAUUUCUUACCAUCUGCUGUACACAUCAUGUUCAUUAUCCAAUUCAUUACUCUUUCUUCCUUUUCACACCGCUGUAUAUUAUUCUAAUUUAUCUCCUUUAAAACGAAAAAUAUUUUUGUAAUAUAAUUGUUAUACUCUUCAGAAUUGUAGUUGUUCAAUUUUUUUUUUGAAUGGUAACCAUUUUGUUUUGUUCCUAUAUAUUUUGCAGCAAGGCGAGGAUAAUAGUAUUUUACCGAAUGAAGAGUUCAACAAAAUUUUCAUUCUAUCCACACAUUGAUAGUCAAUUGAUAAUAGAUAGGUUAUUUAUCAACAGUUCGUUACGAUUGCUCAUGUUUUCUUAAAUACUAUGAAUAGCUAUAUUCUUUAUUUGUUAUUAUUUCUAGAUUAUUUUUUAUUCUCUAAAGUGGUCCCUCCUCUUCAAUUGGAUCCUUUCUUUGCGAGUUUGUGUGUGUGUGCCUGUAUGCGUGUCAGCGUAUAUAGUGUCUUUCAUUCUUUAGCAUCACUAAAAGGGAACUUUAUUUACGUGAUCAUUAGUGCCUGGUUUUUGAAAAGGAUAAACUGAACAUUUUUAUUAUUAUAGAAAACGAGAAAGGAUUAGACUAACCUGUCCACAUGGUUAUGAUCAAUUAUUUUUAAAACAACUAUUUAUUUGUCAUUAACUUGUUCUGUGUAUAUAUACUUAUAUAGUGUACACUAUCAAUAGGCACGAUGUCUUUGUAAUUGUUAUCGAUCUGUCUACUACUGAUGAUCAAAUAUACUAAUACAUAAUAUUCUUUACUAGUGUAACAAAUUCAUACUAUUGUGUCUUUUGUUUUGAAAUUAAUCCUGAAUUUAUCUUUUGAUUUGAUUUUUUUUACAAUAAACAGCACGUUCUUGUUGACACACACACAUAUAUCUCACCUGCUUUUUUCCUAGUCAUUCCAUCUUCAUCAGCGGUUACCAAGUGUCUCUUCUAUUUUCUUACUUAUAGUACUUAUUACUAACAUCGAUGUUCUCUGCUUCAUGCUGUAUAACUUGUAAUAUUUUCUCGCACAUACUGCUUAUUUUUUACAUUGACUUCUUUUUGUCUGUACAAUACCCAUUGUAUAAUUUUUUUCACCCUGUCUUGAGCGCCUGUUUAUGUAUCUUGGAACUUUAUUGUUCAGUUGAGUUUCUAUUUUCUCCGUGAGGAUCACUUUGAUUGUUUAUUGACAAAAUGGGAAUCACCGGUGUUCCUUAAUAUGUUUUUUACUCCUAUUUCACAUAACAGAACAGAAUUAUCAAGGUUAUAUAUAUAUUGUAUCAUAUAAUAUGCCUUGCUUUGUUUAAGUUCCUUUUCUAAUGACACUUGUUAUUACUACUUUUUCUACUGUAAUGUACUUGAUUCUUUCUCCUAUAGAAUUCUAAAUAAAUACAAAUAAACAGACUGACAGACAAUAUCUUUCAUGUUGAUCAUUACCUAUCAUCUCUGUUCUUUAUGUUUUUUAAGGUGGUUAUAUUUAUGUAUGCAUGUAUAAGUAUUUCCUUUUUUUCAAAUAGAACUCAAAAAAUGUGAAGAACGAAAAACGCUUAGAAUAAAGAGUUUUUCUAAUGAUUAUACUUUAUUUUUUGCUUAUGAUUUUAUGUAUUUUUAAGGGUAUGAUGUUGCUUGAUCGUUCGUAGUUUGGUUGACGUGUAAAAACUUUGUUUUCUGUUGAACUGUUUUAUAGAAUACUUCUAAUUAUUAUUGUUGAUGUGUUGUGCAACUUGGGAAGAUAGUUGUAAUCUUUUCAGUACCAAAAGACCAAUUCAAUAUCAACGGGUGUUCAUUAGGUUUGCCUACUUUUAUAUAACCUUGCUGUAGAUUUUCUUUUAGAGAUAAUCCUCUCGUUGUCUAACUUUUUGGGGAAUUGAUUCCUUAUUAUGGAAACCAAUUGUUAGCUUAGAACAUGCAGAUAACAUUGUUCUGUUUGUUAAGGAUGCUAACAAUAUACUGGGUUUUCUGCUCUCCCUGAGUGAAAAUGCAAGCAAUUUUGAGAUGCUUUUCUCUCCCGCUAAAUAUUUAAUGUGACUUUAGAACGAACUAGUCUGCGUCAACGCCUAUACGAUCUGUUUUACUCGGUGGUUAUGAAACGCGGUCUUUAAAAAUAGAGAAUAUUUGUAAACUACUGGUAUUCAAUCAUAAGUAUCUUCGAAGUAUUGCUCACAUAUUUUGGGACCACCAAAAGUGUAAUUCUAAAGUCAGACACAGUACUUUAUAAAGAUGAGAUCUGUAGGACGUUGAACAGCAAUAGUUGGUUUCUUCAAUACUUAAUGUACAGCAGGGAAUCGUUAGUUUCUUUCUGUCGGCGCCACGUAGCUAAAAUGGUACUUAUUGGUGGCUACUUCUAACCUCUGUCUACUAUCCGCUGGUGUGGUAGGAUACUGUGGAGGCUGAUUUGUGGUAGAAUUUCUGGAGUUUGCUUACAAUGACAUGUGACAAAUAAGCUGUACGGACAAACGUUAGCAAAUUCUCUGGAUUACUAGAGUUUGGAAUAUAUCUACCGAUCUAUCAUAGUUUUAGUAUUCCUAAAAUUCAUAAGAAUCUAUUUUUAUUCGCAUAAACAGCUACUCGAUUCGGGAAUUAUCUCUGCCGAAAAGUAGGAUAAAUGUACAUGAAUUAAUCAGGAAACGUUUUUCACCACACAUGUGUAACGACACCAUGUAGUCUCAUUUGACUUUUUAUAUACAUUGAUUCAACAGUCACGAAUGAAUACGAACCAAUCGAUCUAGACAGUUUCAAAGGGAUGAGAAGGUGACUGAUUGGUGACAGAUCCGUUUGCAGUGUCUCGUAUAAUGUGAACGAAUUAGCGUGAGGAAAUUCUAUAAACUUAAUCGUAUUAUAGAAUAUGAGAGUAUUAAUUUCAAUGUUUUGUACUGUUUACUUCUGUUCCCUUUAUUUAUUAGGGUAUGAUGAGAGAUUAACGGUUAACUCGGAUAUCGAACACUGAUUUUUUAUGUAAAAUACAACACUAGAUGUUGUAGUUUCAGAUGGAAAAAGUAUUAGUCAAACGUGAUAGUCCUAUGUUACUGAUACUGACUGGAUUUAUCUUCUGGUAGGCUUUUUUUACUAGAUCUUAUAUAGGCCUCCGAAUGAUAACUUGAAUUCUGAGUCUUGAGAAUUAAGGAAUGCGAUAGCAUAGAUAGAACUCGUUUUUUGGAUUGGUGCUCUUUUGCAAAACGUUACACAUCGACGAUUGGCUUCAGUUCGUGUCUGUACUCACCAAACCAAAAUGCUGAGAAAGUUGUGAUAGAAUCUUUUAAGUUUCUUUCAAGUACCUAGCAUUUAGAUUUGGUAGUCUGACAAGGUAAUUUCACAAUAGAGUCGGGUAGCGAUAUUCCUAUUUUUAUUAUGGUUGACGAAUUGUAUGAUGAUGGAGUAUUGCAACUGACUGUCUAAACUGGUACGGGCGAUUGAGGAUUACUCACAAAUUCAGAUUUGAUACAGCGCGUUCAGGGGAUAUAUAAGAUCCUUAGUCACCAACACUGAGUUGUUUUACCUGGUAAAAUUACAAACCUAACGAUCUUAAAAUAUAUAUGCCAAUUUAGUGAAAUGAAAUGCAGUUUGGUAGUUUAGUGGAAAUAAGGUUUGAGUUCACUGUACCGUUGAAACUAAUGAAUAUCGAUCUCCAAGUAACGUCACUUAUCAGACUUCCACGAAACACCUUUCAUGCCUAUCAUUCUUCCUAGCCCCAAAACAGGCGUAGGAAGAUGUUUGAAUACAGUCAUUCCCCUAUUUUGAUAGCGUAUACCGGAAUCAAAUUUGAAAAUAGACACAGAAUAUAGGCGUCCCACUUUGUCUUGUGUUUGUAUCGAAUAUCUGAUUUUGUUCACUAACCAAGUGCUUUGCUUCUUACUGAUUCAGUCAGAUGUUAAAAUGCUUAUACCGCCCUAGAAGUGUAUGUUAGGUUCGCAAGUUUGAUUCCUGUAAAGAAAACCUGUUUGAGGACACCUAUGAUAUGUAUGCCUGAAAUAAAUCAAUACCAGUGCCAUAGAUCCUCUCUUCUGAACCUAUAGGCCCAAAAUACUAACUAGACAUACCAGCCCAGUAUUCUAUCUUUUUCACGUACAUGCGUUCUCUUUGCCAAAUUAUGCUUUGUGACUGUCUGUCACACUAUUAUCUUCUGAGUUUUAAACCAAUAAAAUUGUACUUUAGAAAAGUGGGUAGACAUUCAGGUCAACGAGUUCAACUAUGAUGAAAGUCUGUAGCCUGCAUUGAUGUAUACUUUAAUCAUUGCUGAGACCAGCUUUACCGUAAAACUUUCACGUUACAGGGAAGGCAAAUUUAUGCUCGAUUGGUUUACCUUAUUGUGUACUUCACUGGUGUGCAUUUUCUGACCUUCAAGCUUAAUUAAAUAAUCUAAAAAUAUAGACCAUAUCUUAAUUCUACGAAUCCAUCAUUAAAAAUAAUCUGGUAUCCUUAGUAUUUUCUCGAAGAAGUAAUACCUCAACAUGUUUUUAAGGGUAUAGGAUGAUUAUUAAUAAAAUACCCCUAGACAUUACUUAUUUUCUUAACUGAAAUUUACCAACUACUAUGAUACCAUUGAAGCUAACAAGUCACCUCUUUCUUAACAUGUCAUAUCUUUCCAGAUUAGACAUAAAUCAGUUUCCUUUUCAUAACAAUUACAUUAGGUUCGUUCUGAUAUGUUUUGUCUCGGAGAAAACUUGACGGCUAAUCAACCUCCGUUUAUUGUUAAGUUGUUGGCAGAAAUACUUCAACUUGCCACGAGUACUAAGUAUUAUCUAUAAGUCGCUUUAUCAUUGUCAGCUACAAUGAAAAGCUAGAUAUGGUUCAAACACAACAAAUGAGAUCGAAGAAUGAGAUUCUUCAAUUAAAAUAAAAUCAAGCUUUAGAGGGUUAUGAGAAAUGUACGCAACUCUUUUAGUGGGACAAAUUCUAACCAAUAUCUCCAGUUGUAUGUUAGGUCUACUGCUGCUUAGGAGUCCGAUGCUGGGACGAAACGGCCGUCCGGUAGUCCUUCCAGGUUUUCAAUGGGGGUCUAGCUAAGAUCACUUCGUAAUUUAAACUAGGAAAUAGAAACGUUCACUUCUGAGUUUCUACUUUGUUCAUCUGUUUUCCCUACUUUGUGACAACCGAAUGUUUACUAUUCGUGUGUGUGGUAACCAGACUGGCAUCAGACAACUAGGCUUCUCUAAAAAGGCCGGAACGGGAUGGUGACUACUCGUGAACUUUUCAUUAGUUUAUGCAGCUGCUGUUGCGGUUAGGACCAACAACGUCUUCGAAAAAUUUUAUGUACUAGUUGUUUGAGACACUAGAUUGGAAAAACAGAUUUUCCUGUAUUUUCAAGUUUCCAUUGUCUAGCUACUUUUGUCUGUAUUUGCUCUCUUCCGUGCGAUUGGAAAAAAUAUAUGGGAAAUUGAAACAAUACAUUUAUAUAUGGCUGUGUUUUUUCCUGUUUGUUUCCAUGCCCAAACUGCGUAGUUUACACUGCUCUCUGUAGUGUAGGAUCAGAGAUUUUGAUCCGAUUUACUACGAGGUAUUCAAAGUUUUAAAUAAUCCAAAUAUGUUCCAGUUGUUUUAGUUUAUAGUAUGCUUAGUUAACUUGUCCAGCAUAUCUAAUUCUUCCACUGUUAUAUUCCAAUAAGUCUAUGAGGGUUUGUGAGUCUGAUACUUCUGAUACAUUAUCCGCUAGGCUAUUUAAAGUCAAAAAGUGGAGAUAAAGAUGUAUUUUUCUGAGUACGUUGACAGGAGUACACUAUCCGCAUGAGAAAUCAUCCUUAGUACUAAGUCAAACAUUCAUUUGAAAGUUUCUGUUUAAUAUUUAAGAUGUAAAAACAACUAUUUCUGUUCGUCAACUUCAGGCAUCGUGUUUGGUCCACCAAUUAAACUACUGACUAAAUCAAUACAGAUCUUGGAUUUUGGCUUUUCGUCUGUCAAUAUUUCAUAUUGAAAAGUAUGCACCUAAUUAAAAAUUAUGAUAUAUUUCAAUGUACGAUCAUUUAGAAAGAUAAUCAGAAUCGUCCUACUUGACCCACAUUGUCUAAUGAUAUUGAAGUGUUUUCUUUUCAGUGAACAUUAUGAAGCAAAUGUAUACGUUAGCUACAAGAAGCAUCUGUUUUGUUUAAUUCUACUUCGAAUAAUGAGAACUACAUACAAGACAGUGGUUUGUACGCUUGCUUUGUAGAGUAUUCGCAUUUUAGAAAAGAAAGAGAUAUGCUAAUUAAGUUGCAAAUUAUAUAACCUUUAUAUUUACUCAUGCAUUACAUUGCUCUUCUCGUAGUCUUUCGCUGAGUACUAGACAUAAUUUCAAGAUUUGUAAGUGAUAUCUUAUGUUGUAUACCGUGCAAAACCAGAUAAUACUCAUCUUCAAUUACCUUCAGAGUUUUACCUGAUUAGUAUUUGUAGUUCUUAAUGAGUUAACUACUUAGAAUAUCAAAUCAAAGUUUUUUAUUUGCCAGAUAUUUAACAAUUUAUUAGCCUCAGUCAUAAAUUACCAUCCACUUAAUUGAUUGUUGUAACCAUUUGUUAACAACUUCGGGUGACAUGGCUUACGAUCGUUAGCAGGUCCAUUCACUUUUCGUCUUCCCUUAGAACCUGAGUUCAGAGAUCUUAUGUCUGUUUUUUUGUUUUAGGAUACCUAAUCUUUUUUACUAGAGUUGACACUGUUACUACUUCUACUACUCUGAAAUUUGUCUUGAUACUUUUGUACCUCUGUGCCUACGUAGCAUGGCCACUUGAACUGAUGCGUAUGUGCCAUAUUCUGUGUUGCACAUGACUGACUGACUGUACCAUAAAUAGACGUUCAAUUUUCUAAUAACACUUCACUAUUCGAUUAGAAUACGGUGAAAUGGCGAUGUCAUAUUUCAACUUUCACAUUGUUCACAGUUAACCCAUUUCUGCUAUCAGUCCGUGUGUAAAAGUCAAAUAAGUAGACUUAGAUAAAGAUUAUAAAUUUUGUGUUGCACUAAUUUCUAAUGGGUUGCAUUUACUUAAUGACAACCGUAAUGGUGGAAAUAUAUCUCUACUUUUCCUUCCUUUAAAUGUUAAACUGAGUGCCAUUCCAUUCACUUUGUAUUCCUAUUUUAUUUAUUGUUUUGGAACUAUCUGGUAUUGGUAUUUUCACUAUUUUGCUUUCCCUUUUUUAAUUUUCUCGUUGUGCUGAUUUAUAAUUUGAGGGAUAUACAUUUGUUCUAGGUCAUACAUUGCUUAUGAACAAUUGAAGUAAAACGGUAACAGCGAUUUCUUUUCUGAAUAAAUAAUCUCUAUUAUAAAGAUGAUUAAUGCCUGGCAGGAAUGUUUAUGAAACAUGGUCAAGCAUAGGUGGGCUAUAUGUUAUGUUUAUCAUGCUAUUACUUUAACGUUCGUUAGGCGGCAUAAUAGUGCGCUAAAAAGCUAUAAAAUCUCGUAUCGCGUCCUAUUAUCAAUUCAUAAAAUUGUUAGUCACUAAUACGAAUUUCGCAAGUAAGUGCCUGUUCCCUGUUCUGUCUGCGAAACAAUUAUAAUGAGUGGUCGAACGAUUUUUUGUCAUACUGUUGAAGGCCGGAUGAAUUAGCCCAAACGCACCCACUGUUUUUCGUUUUGAUCUUAGAUAUUGCAUUGUUGGAUAAAUUACAAUCUAAUUUUACCUUUUCCAUUGGUUCCUCACCAAUAUUUUUUCGCUGGUUAGUCGCUCUUUUUUUUCCUGAAAUAAAUAUAAUUUGAAGGAACAUCCACUCGUGUUGAUCUAUCCUCUUCAUUCAAUGCUUUACUAUUGAUCGGUUAUUUGUAAGGCUUUGGGAUUAUCAUUCAGUUGAUUGAAAAACAUUUUAUGCCUCAUUGUGAUAAAUAAUAAUGAUCCCUAUUUUAGCUAGUUUCCUUACUAAUAUGCUCGUUUCGUUUAUUUUUUAUUUCUCCAUAUUUUUAGUUACAGCUUUAUCAAAAUGGUCUCGGAAUUCUUUGCACCUAGGUGUAUCGUCCCUGAAAAAUCAGAAGUCCAGAGAAAUCUAUUCUCUUAUUCUCCAGAAAUAGUGAGACUUAAGAACGUAAUAUAUGAAGCUUAUAACUCUAAAUGGGGUACAAGAUUCCUAGUUUUGUUACGUGGUGUCCCAGGUAGCGGAAAAUCUACACUAGCAAGAUUUCUCGUUGAUAAACUUGAUCAGCGUAAUUUUCUAAUAGCUUCAAAUGAUGAUUAUUUUUAUGAUGAAGUUGAAAAGACUCAUAAAUAUAAUAAUACCGAAUUGAAUGAAGCAAUAGCUGCUUGUAAGCAAAAAGUUUGGUCAUCUAUGUAUAGUGGAGUGUUAGCGAUCAUCGUGGAUAACUGUAAUCUUACACGACUAGAAAUGGAUCCGUUCAUUCGCGAAGUAAGUAAUCUAGCCAUAAGAAUUAUUAAAUAUGUUAUCAUCCUAAUAAUUUGACGAUUUCUGCAUUCAUUAAAUUGUCGAAUUUUUUAUUGUUAUCUGAGCCUACAUUUACUGUAAGACUUAUACUAGCAAUUUUAGACAUUGUUACAAAGCGACAUCAAUAUCUCUAGCUCUGUAUUCUUUAGAAUUUGAGAAAACAGUACGUAAGAAUUGGACGUUUCAAAAGACUUGAUUAUUCUCUAUUUUAAAUUAUAUUUUCUGUUUUUUCUUUCAGUGAAUAGAUUUUAAUAAAACUAACCAAGAAACGUAGUUUCAACGAAAUCUUUUCAUAAUCAUAAACAUUUUAUUAAUUACUAGUAGAAAAUAUUCUGACAUAACAUUCAUAUGUGUAUGCUUGGCUGACUGUGUUCGCAGAGUAUUUUCUGUUAGUACGCAUUAAUUCUGAGUAAUGAGUAAUUAUCAUUACUAAAAGGUUCAUAUCAGUCUAAUCAUAUGCCUGGUCUGAAUUUCAUUUUCCAAAAAAAAUUGGCAGUCUAUAUUGUGAUUGGUUGAUUUCAAAACUAAUCACUGAUUGGUUCGUUUUGAUUGAUUGUGCUCUAAUCGAUUUAGAUUGAAGUCUCUUCUAGUUUUUCUGUACUAUUUGAGAAUGGCUUAAAUUGUGUUAGUAGCAGUUUAUAAUAUGUCAAUCCUUCUCCAACUAUUUGUUAAAUUAGAUAGAUCACAAUCAUUGAGUUGUACGCGUGUAUUGAAUUUACCGUCUGUCCGUACUCUAAUGUGAGUAGAUCUUAAUGAGUGGAUGUGCAUACUUUGGCUACAUGUCGGAUAACUACACUCCCUAAUGUCCAUCAAUGGAUGUUUUCACUUGUAUACUUUAUUAAAUCCGUCAUGUUAGUUACUAAAAUAAGCUUUUUCAGUAAACAGAAAACAAAACAACAUAGAAUUAUGUUAGUAAUACUGAAUCAAUUUUGACAAUAUCAUUAAGUGUUCUCCACCUCAUAAAAUAAGAUUCUAUUGAGAAUAUCGAUGAUCGAAUUACAUCAUUUUGUAGAAUUUGUGGAACUUAAUUAAUGUAUCUAGUUCUUUGACUAAAUUUUCAGCUCAAACUUAUGGAAUAUUGUAAAUAUUAUAAACGUAAAACUUCAGAUUAUAAUAUAAAGAUAGGCUAUUUAAGGAAAUAAUUAUUGGUUUCCUGAUGCGAUUUAUAAAAUGUUGGCAAUAAAUGUAAAGGCUAAUUUUUUCGGUCUCCUGGCUUUUUGUCUAUAAAAUCAUCUAAAACAUCGUGUCACGGGGAUCGGCUGAUUGCUUUUUGGUUAAAAUAGAUUAGAUCUGGGUAGAAGCACAUAUGCAACGUUCUCGUAACAAAAACAACCAUCCUGAACAUAUCCGCUCAAAGUUUUUCUAGAUAUUCAUGAUACUGAAAAUGCCGCUUACAUGGUAUGCAAGCUUUUUUAAUUGAAUAUUCCGUUCAAACUAAAGAUAAUCUUCAUCGUAAGCUGGCAUCAUCUGUAGAGGCGUUAGAAACGAUGUUGAGAGUUAUCUCUAAAUCUGAAAAAAACCUGUACAAACUAAUUAGAAAUCCAGUACUCUCCUUUGACCUCUUCAUUAUGAAGAUCCUGAGAAUUAAGCUGAAAGUUGAGGUCUUUAGAAGCAAUCGAGUUUAAAGUGAGACAGAUUUUCACUGAUGGGAUCAGAUAAUUAUUAUCACGAAGCGACUGGGUUUGUAGAAUUUAAACCGAUGGACUCCAUAGUGUCUGAUUAUUGUCGUGCGUAUUUGAAGAUGUGACUGUAUUUGAAUCCGGUUCUAUGUAUUAUGAUCGGUGCAUACUGGAGAAAUGUCUUUGAUAAGAACGAAAUAAUGAAGGUAAAAUAAUAUGAUUCAUUAACUUAAUAAAGAUCCUAUGUUCCUGACUUUGAAUCACAUUGUUCAUGUUCAUAUAUGUGCCUAGUCCUACAUUGUAGCUGACUGACUGUGAAGCCUGGUGAUACUACCUGAUUUCACAGUUUGAAGGUGUUUUAACCAUAAGAGCAGAAGGUCUUCACAUCAUGUAUGUUUCUCAAUGUCUCAUUUGUUGGUGUCUGUUCAUGGUGGAAACUAUUUUUGAAUCAAUUCUGUUUAGACUUUCUAUCUGUAAAACAUCUCUUCGUAAAUACAAGGUCUACGGUUGUUCCAAGAAAGUUGAGUUUAGAAAACUGAAUGAAUCAAAGUAUCAUGUGUUGCAUAUAUAUGUACACUCGUGAAAAACUCUAAUGAUUUGUGAUCAAAAUGUAGUUCCAUUUGUUUCAUUACUAUUGUCAGAUGUGAUUAUCAAAAAUUGAUUGUAUAAUAAGGCGGUAUCUUGACAUACGAUAGAGCCUAAUUUGUGGUUUUGUAAAUAUAUUAAAAUAGCUUUAAACUGAUAAUUAUGUAUCCUACAAUAAAGUGGGUUUCAUUUUCUGCAAAGUUGUAUAUGUAUUUCAGGCAGUAGGAAUUGUUGAUUACCUCUGUUAUUCUAAAAAUAACAUGGAAAGUGGACUAAUUUAGCAUGCCAUUUAGUUCAUUGACCAUCUUUGUAUAGGCGAUAAACAGUCCUUGAGGAUAUAUUCAGUUGUGAGUAAUGUGCAUAAUUUUGCAUGGUGAUUAUUCCAAUGGUUAUAUUUAGGCAGUAUUCAGUAUUUUUAUGCCCUUUAGUAAAGCCUUGAACUAUCUAGUUCCCUUCGUCAGUAAAUUGGAGUUUUGAGAAGUAAGAAAGUUCCCAAUAUCUUUUAAAUUAAUAUCACGAUGUUGACCUAUGGUAUCGUCUGAUUGAGUAUUUUCUCUCUUAGCUUACUACCUUGUAUUUUAUCGAUAUCAUUGAUAUUAACAUCUAAACAGAAUGAUUGUAUCAUAUUUUUAACCUCUGGGAAUAGAUUAGUCUCUUAUAUGACAAAAGCAAUUUGUAAGCGAGGAAAAAAGGGCGAAACUUCUUUCAAGACUUAAUUAUCUGUAAGUAAAGAUACAACGUAACACCUAAAUGUCAACAUUCAGUUUCCUUUAGUUUUUAUCUUGUAUAGUAUUCAAUUGAACAACAUAAUAUCAUAUAAGACAUCUUUAUCGUUUCAGUUUCAAUAUUAGGUAUUUAUAACUACAUAGAUUAAUCCUGAAUAUGCUCUACCGUGGCUUUGUUCAGGUAUCAUAUACGUGAAGCGGAACUCAGCAUAAUGAUGUGUUGUCAACCAGACACUUUACGAGAUAACUAGCUUCAUGCUUACACCAAGGUAAGGUUAGUUGGUGCAUUCUGUUCUGAAUUCCUAGAUACCUAGAGCGAUCACUUUUGUCACAAUAUCACCAACAGUUACAUAGCCAAUCAGUAGCACAAACUGCUACACGAUUUCUAACAGUCUAUUUUAAAGAACGGAUGUACGCUCCCACCGCCCUCGUAAAACCACACUUAACUUCGGCGAUACGAAGUCCAUAUAUUUGUGAGCAUUACUUAAAAGUAAAAUGGGUAAUCUGGAUUCCCUCACAUAAUAAGACCACAUCUUACAGAUUCUCUACACGAUCAACAUACACUUUCUUCUGAGUUGCCCCUAAAACAUCAUUUAGUUGAAAUAAUUAGAUUGAACAAUCCUAUUUAACAUCAUUUCUGGUUUGUAACCAUCUAAGAAGAGAGGUGGUUGAAGCGUAUAGCUGCUUGAACCAACAUAGUUUGUGUUUGUCUUUCUACAGUUACCAACUGCAAUCCAGAAAUUGUUAGUUGGUUAUUAACUAGACUAUCGUUUCAAUAAUCAGUUCUUGUGUUUAUCAGGACUAUUUAUUCCUCGCUAUUCACUCGCUUAUGUGGUUUGUGUUGGAGGAGUCCUGGAAAUAUCCCCCGCAAUAGACCCUAGAGGCACAGAAACGCCAGGGGACGUUUAGUUCAAUCAGCGUUAUAUCUAGUCAUUCAAGAAACAUGUAAGAAAUGCAGAAUCACGUGCCAUGGUUUUGAAUGGUUAUUUACUUGUACUGCCACUAUAUUUAAUAUGGUCCCAGAAAUUCCCGGAAGCUUGAGGUCAUGUGUAAUCUUUGAAAUACCCUCGUCUUUCUUUACAUAAACUGACCUUGGAGUAAAGCUUUUACUCGCAAUUCGCGCCUCUUCAAUGUCCUAGGUGACGUAUGAAAGUAGUUAGGGAUAUCGGAACCAGCUAGAAAAAGUUUUAAUGUGUCGGUAACAAGACUUAUCAGUUUGCAGAUUGCGUCAACGCACAUUUGUACAGAGCUUUACAUGUAUCACAACUGAUUGUGAGACUCUAGACGUUCUCGGUUCAUAUAUUGAGCUCUUUAUGAAGAGAUCUUAUUAUUUUUAACUACAUCAUAGUAUUCAGUCUUCUGUUUACCUAUCUUCGAGCAACAAUCUAUGGAACAUCCUUGUUAACGAGAGGUGUAUCUGAUAAACAUUACUGAAAUAACUAUGUUUUUGAGGUUGAACAUAACAUUGCUACAGUAUUUGGAAAACCCUUUAUGUAUAUAUUGUUAUCCUAUUUGCUUUUGAACGGGGUUUUGAUACGAUUAAAUAUAAUUUGUAAUUUGUUGUUUAGCCUUAGUCAUUGAUUCUGAAUAUUUACUUUUGUACUGCUUUUCGACAGAUAUCUAUUUAAUUUUUUCCACUACUGAUGAAAAAUUAAUGUUAUCUUUCGUUUGCACUGCUGGAUAUAUCUUCAUUAUCCAAUUUAUAUUGAAUUUUAGUUCAAUUUUAUUCUUUUCUUUUUAUUGACCUUCAUUGUACAUUUUACCAACCGAUAGACCUGAGAAAAAAAAUUAUUUCAGACACACUGAGCAUGUAUGUUCCUUUACACUUUCUGGUGUACUGCAUCCAUAUGAAUUACUGAACCUAGUCAGUCCUUGGUUUAACUGGAAGAAUAGUAGCAAUAACAGAUUUUAGCCUGUUCAACCAAUAAGCUUCACUUUAACUAAACUGACCAAUGAAAUUUCAAUACUUUCACAUGGAUCAAGGCGACAAAUAUCGAUUUAUUGAAUUUAACUAGAUAAAGCUCUGAUGACUACAAUAGCUCUUCCUCUGAUUAGUUUAGAAGUGAACUAUGGUCUUUUUGAUAUGUAUGAGAUAAUAGUCUUUUCCUUUAACUUGUAGAGAUUUAUGACUAAAUAAUACUUCAGGUAGUAAUUUCAUUAUCAGUAUGAGGAUUUGUGGAGAUGGUAGUAUUUUGACAGUUGAAUUUACUGGUCAAUCUAAGUCAUCCAUUACUUCCGGGUUUUCAAUGGUGGCCUAGCUUAGAUUGCUUCGUGUAUUCAACUGUUAAAGAAAGUGAUACCAGUGUUUUUAUUCAAAUUUGUGACCGAUAACGGUCAACCAGAUAUUACUAUCUUAUUGUAACAAGAUUUAUUAUUUACUUACUGUCUUAUCAUUUGUUUGAGUGGGAGUUGUUUUUGGUCAGUUUCUAUACCAAUAAAACUUAUAUUCUGUUGGAUAAUUGAGUCUAUCAUUAGCUUUCUGGAUUAAGAAAACUGUAGACGUGAGAUUAAUUUGUUGUUUUUAUAGGCAUCUAUGAGUUAUACUACUCGGCCUCGUUUCUGUUUUCGGCACCUUUAGAUUCUCUUAAGAAAUCUAGGAAGUCAUUUUGUCGUCUGAGAUCGUUACACAUAUGCCAUACCGACUUCCAAUGUUCAGUCAUUUAGUACUUUCAAUGUGUUUGAUAAAUUUCAUUGCUGCAAGACACUUUUUUAUUCACUUUCCGGAGUGUGACUUCUCUCGUUGAAUGUCCACUUCAGUUUUAUACAGUGACUUGGUAAAUACCAUUUUCUUAGAUAGUCAUUUAGUGAUAUGCGUGGGUAUUGCAAGUUAUGACAUUAUUUACCUUAUGACAAUUACUCAGAGAUUUGGAUUCUGAAAAUGGUUUUUAAAGUCCUUGAAUUAAUUAUGUUUGUUGCGAGUACCUCUGGUCAUGUACUUUUUAUACUUCACAAAUUCACACCAGUGAUAGGGAUUGGAAUCCUCCAAGCUUAUAAGUUCUCUAUAGAGUAGGGCAUAAGUUUGAUAUUCCCUAGUACUAUACCGUAGUGGCUAACCACAGGUCACAUUUAAGGAGUUUUGUAAGUAUCCCAUGAUACAUUUGGCGUUGAUCAGGUCAUUUCUACAGAAUUGAUCAUCUAUCAAAAUACUACUUGGUUUGACAAUUUAAUAAAGGAUGAUUAAUAUAACAAAACGCACCCAGUAGAUAGUACUGGGUUUUUAAAUGGUAGGUAGCUUAUUCGAAUUUUAGUGGGAUCAUCAUUUGGAUGUAAGAUGUAUCUAUCUAACGAAUCUCUAACACAGGGAAAUUUGCAUAUGUACAUACUCUUGACGUAUAGAAUGGUUAAUUGAUUCUUAUUUUCUGCUGUUUACUGAAUAUGCAAGGGUGUGAAACGAAACUACUCUGUUCACCUUCUAGAACCUUGUACACCUUGGCGUUACAAUGCAAAGAAGUUAGUCAAGUACGUUGAUCGUCUGUAUUUUGUUUUUUGUGUACUAAUAAUACUUAGUAAUUUAAAUUUCCUAUAAAUGUUUAUUUCCAGGUUUCAUUUUGUGGAACUUUUUAUUAAGCUCAAAUGCUACAACUUUACUGUGAAAUCGGAAUUUCGAUGGAGUUUUGUUCUCUGAGCUGGAUGGUUUGGUCGUGAAGCUUUCAUCGUUCUUCUAAACGAUGUCCUCAGCACUACUACAUGAAGUUUGUGCUAAUGAUGCUCCACGACCAAACCAUCCAGCUUAGAGAAUAAAACUAUCAGAAUCAUGCACUUGAGCAACAAAUGUCGAUCAUCUAAAAGUCGGAAUUUCAGUAGAACUCUUGAUUAAUAUGCUUCAUUCAAGCAAGUGAUUUGUGCCAUAUCCACUUACAGUUAUAUAAAUCGUUGGUUUGUGAAUGAGUGUCGAUUACACUGAUGGUUAGCAUACAUUUGAAUGGAUAGCAUUCAGUCCAAUAAUGAUAAGCAUACUAUUCCUUAAAUUCGUUUACAGAUUUGUACGUGGCGUGGAGCCACUUCUCAUAUUGAUUAAAGAAUUAUAGUACUCGGGCAUAUCAGUCAGUCAGCUACAACAUCGAACCAGGCACAUAUAUGCAUCGGUCCAAGUUGCCAUACCUCAUUAGCACGCAAGAUGAACACCAGAUUCAUAGGAGUGGUUAGGUCAAAGGUGGUAAUAUAUAGGAGAAAGAUUGCAUAUAAGGAUAUAGUAUAGGAAGAAAGAAUUAGUUAGUAGAAAUAGAUAUGAAGUGAUUUUAAUCUCUUAGUUUAAGCGAAGACAGGGAGUGUAUACGCCUACGCCAUUGUGAUAGAUUCCUAGCCAUGUCACCAAGAGUCUCCAACCAUUGGUUACGAAAGUCACGCGGACCCCAACCAAGUAGUCUGCAUCUACCAACAUGGCUCAGACUAGGAGUUAGUGACUUCAAGCACUAAUACCACGUUUUGGUUUGUCCGCCCCUAACUUUCUUCCAGCCGUCUUCAACACUAGUCAGCAUUGCGCUUCGCGGUAAACGGUGUUCAGGCAUACGCAACACGUGGCCCAACCAUUUCAGUCGAUGAAGAUUCACAACUUCACCACCUGAUUUACCAUCAUUUCCAAAUACCCUACAUCUAACAUCACUAUUACUUACCCGGUUAUCCCAGCAGAUGCGAGCAAUAUUUCUAAGACAUCUGUGGUCAAAUACUAGUAACGUACGAGUAUCUUCUACCCUCACUGACUACGUUUGACAGCCUUCAAGUAAAACAGGACGAACUGCUGUGCAGUAUACUCGUCCCUUAAUUGAUAGACGGAUACCUCGCCUUCGCCAUAGUUGGUGACUUAAGUUGGCAAAAGCCAAACGAGCUUUUCGAAUCUGUGCUGAGAUUUCUUCUGACACCAACCCAUUAGGGCUUAUCAGACUUCCAAGAUAGGUGAAGUUUUCAACGCAUUCGACUACUUCACUCCCUAUCCUUAGUUCAAGUAUUGACGCAGGCCAGUCCUGAAGCAACGAUUUGUCGCAGGAUGGUUUUGACCAUUUCUUGUAUUUAAAACAAUUAGUCCCUUUGAUAAAUUUAGAUAAUGCAAUGAGAAGACGUAGUUUAUCAGAAUUAUGUGAUAUAUUUGCGCAAUACAUUUCGAACAAUCUGAUCACACAUAUACUUGUUAAGAACAUUUAUAUAUGAAAAUUAAGAGGUCAACUAGACAGGUUAAGGGUAAGUCAUAACAAAGGAAAAAUAUUAAAGUACAUAAAAAACAAAUGUGAUUAACACUCUGGUUAAUAAAUAGUAUUACCAGGGUAGGUUAAGUGUAAGGACAAAUUGUUUUUGAACACACAAAGGGGGUUUCAAUUUCCGUAUAGCCAAGGCUUCAAUAAACCUUAGUAUACGUCCUUGAAGGCUUUUGUACAACACAACAAAUGCUGAUUUGAUAUCAAUCAAGUGUUUCGCAAUGGAGGAUGAUGUCUGUCUAACCUGUGAUCUUAUUUGACCAUAGGAAUUCAUUUCUUGUAUAUUGGGACAAUCAGUGGUUGUGACCAGUCAGAUGGGAUUGCAUCCAACUCCCAGAUUUUAGCUAAAAUAUUAGUCAACCUGACCACCAAAAUUUGAUCACCAUCCCUAAAGACCUCUGCAAUCAAUCCAUCUGAGUCAGCUGUUCUUCCUCGUUUCAGAUUAACUAUAGCCUUUUGAACUUCAGUUAGUCGGAGGACCUACUUCAGUGUUCCAUUCAGACUGUCUGGGAAUGGUAGAUAGUAGUAGUGUAGCUGAAGGUCAGCUGAAGUGCUCCUUAGAGUGUUCCGCCCAUCAUUCUGAACGUCUGGGCUGAAAGCAGAUAAGUGUCGUCUUUUUUCGAGAUCACCUCACUUGCACUUGACUUAUUAAUUCCAGUUUCUUUUAUUGGUCUGAAGAGUUGUCUUGUGUUACCUAUAGCCGCCGCAUUCUCCAUCUCUUUUGCUUUCGUUGACCACCACUGCUCACGGUCGUCCCUUAGACUUUUGGUUAACCGGGAUCUGAUUUAUUUUCGCUCUUCAUCGUGUUCAGAGCCUGAUAGGAUGAGUUUACGAGAAUCCAUCAGUGCGAUAGACCUUGAAGAAAUCCUUUGGUUCUUUAUAACCCUGUGGUUUAAAUCACUAAUAGAUGUCACUGCUGUUUCCACAGCUGUUUGUAUAUCUUUCCAAGCACCAUCUGGGUCAGCCUCGUUUUCAGAACUACCUAAGUGAGACCUCAGUUGUUCCUGGAACCUACUUUUGGUUUUCUCACUACUCAAUUCAGUUCUAAUGGGUCUUUUUACUGUGGCGUCUAGUGAGGCGCAAGCAGAUGCGUGCCUGUAUUAGAGCAUGGUCGGAGUCCAAGUAGGUAUUCCAGAAUGAGCGACAAUCUUCUACCGACCCUCUCCAACGAUGACUGAUGGUAAUAUGGUCUAUUUGAGUCGAUCGUUGGUUUGGUGUAGUGGGUCGCCAUGUUAGACGAUGUCUCUCCUUAUGCUUAAAAUUUGUGUUUGCUAAAAAUAAACGACUGUCUGAGCACAGUUGCAGCAGACAAUCACCAUUAUCUGUUCGCUGAGCCUGGAUUCCAAAAUACCCAUCUAAAUGCUUUUCUGUUUGGUUUAAACUACCUAUCUGGGCAUCAAAGUCACCUGCUACGAGUACUAUGUCUGAACGUUUAGCUUUUUGAAGAAGUUCAGUAGACCUGGGACAGUGUUUUGCGCACUACAAUCGUUGGCCAUGAUGUUACUUGAGGAGGAAGUCAAAAGAGGAAGUUUAGAGUUGAAAGUCAACAAAGGAGGAAUAAUAGGAAUUGAAGGGGGAAAUUGAUUAUGAAUACAGUGGUCUUGAGUGCUGUUAGAGGUGUGAGGGCUGUUGACACUUCCCAGUUGUCCAGACCGUGGAAGGGUUCUUCUAGAGGUACCUGAAAAGAAAAUUGGACUAGAGGUGGUCUUAGUGACCUGAGAGUGUGAUCGUAGUGCCUAAGUGACAACUGCUUGAGGUCAGCCACACACGACCUUAUUGCGAUUUUUGAGACUUUACUACCGGAGACAGAUAUCCGUGGGAUAAGAUGAUGUGUGCAUUUUUAGGGUCUACCCUUCCUAAACCCACCCUUUGUGGGAAGGCAGCAUCGCUGUUAUACUAGUUGUCUGAAGGAAACACCUUACUGCCUUCACACCUCUGUACAGUCAGCAAUACGACUUCGCCUUCGGACCUUGGGUUUGUUGCUUUUAUUCUUACUGUUCUUCAACCGACCUGUCUGUCAUAGUAAAACCUUGAGUAACUAUUGUUCCAGCCAGUAUAGCUUUAUUGGUUCAUCACGGUAGGCAAACCCGACCACCAUGUCAAGUUAGCAACAACGGUCGGGACCCCGGCAUAUACUUUAAUAGUAUCUUUAACCCUUAAGUCAGGGAUUUUCAUUAUUUUUCAUCAAGAUCACAGAGACAGAUACUACAAUCAGUGUAGCUGAUCGGGAUAAAAAAUAGUGAGGGAUUUAAUUGAUCAAGUAUAACUUUUGAAAUUUAAUGAGCCGACAUUGAAUCGAGUUAUCUGUAUUUCGAAUGAGUUGUUUUUGAUUUUAUUUCCUUACGGUGCAGGUAAAAGCACUGUUAAAUAAUAGUAGGGGUGUGUGAAUAAAUCCCAAUAUCCUUUGCUGCAUUAUUAUUCAACCUGCAAUGAAAAAUGUUGACUACUGGAUUUGAAUCCGGUAUUUAACUUAUUGUAAAACAACUGUUAUAUUCUUCUGAUUUAUUUGAGCUUUAGGUGUGCUUGUUUAUCGUGAAAAAUGCUUCCAACCUACCCAGCCAUUUCGGUUUCUGUUUUAACGCUUGUUCAUUUCAUUUAGUUUCCUUCGUACAUUACUUACUUACGCCUGUUACCCUUCGUCGAGAGGCAUAGGCCACUCAAUCUCCAACCAACUUUGACCUGGGCAAUCCUUCCUAGUUCCCAGUUUCUAUCCAUUCUUUCGAUAUCUGCCUCUAAUUCCGACUCUAUGUUUUUCUUGGUCUCACUAUUUUCCUUUUCCUUUCAGGAUUCCAAGUUAGGGCUUGCCUCAUGAUGCAGCUAAGUGAUUUCCGAAAUGUAUGUCCUAUCCACCUGCAAAGUCCUUUCCUAAUUUCCUCUUCAGGUGAAAUCUGGUUUGUUCUCUCUUACAGUAGACUGUUGUUGAUGGUAUCUGGCCAACGAACAUGGAGUAUCUUGAAUCGGCAAUUGCUUAUAAGUACUUGUACAUGUUUGAUGAUGGUUGUGUUAGUUCCGGAAGUUUGAGCUUCUUACAGUAGGACUGUCUUGACAUUCGUAUUGUAGAUUGUGAGUUUGAUAUUGGUUGAGAGUUGUUUUGAGAUGCAAAUGUUCUUGAACUGUAGGGAUGUUGUUCUUGCUAUGGCAAUCCUUGCCUUUACGUCUGUAUCAGAUUCUCCUUGUUCAUGGAUUAUGCUGAGUAGGUGGUACGUGAAACUUUCCACCAAUUGUGAUUGUGUUGGUGUUCUGUGUGUUGUAUUUGAGGAUGUUGCUUUUUCGCUUGUGUUUGUUGAGGUCUAUUGAUGCGAAGGCUUCUGUUACACUAGUUGUCUUUAUCUGCAUUUGUUCGUAUGUAUGUGAUUGAGGAGCUAGGUGAUCUUUGCAGUCCAAGUCGUCUAGGUGCAUCUAAGCUGUCCAUUGUGUUCUGUGCCUCUCCAAAGAUGUGAAUGUAUCUAAUAGUCGUUAAUUGGACUGAACGGAUAACAAAGACCAAACUGUGCCACUCAAGUCACACAUAUAUAAUCGACUUAGCUUAGCGGUUAGUGCUGGUUGGUGGACACUUUUACGAAUAUAAGUAGCCUAAUCAGUGAGUAACAUGGGUGAUUUUGUAUCUAAUAGUUUGGUCAGGUGCUGAUAAAUACUUGAAUUUAUGUAGAAUGUAAAAGUUACAGAAUCCAAAAAUAUGGCUACAUCAUUUUUAGUCUUAUCAGAUGCAAGAAGUGGUAAAGCGUCUCAGUGGUUACAGGAAAUAUCAUAUUGUGGUCAUAAAUUGUUGGGGAUGUUUGUUCUACAAAACAACUUUUAAAACUCAUCUUUUUGUAAUUUGUAUAAAUUAAAAUCUAGCGUUUCUCGCUCUGAAAUUUAUUAUGCUGUUGGUUUUGUUGUUUUUCCCUCCUGAAAGUACUCUGAUACCCUUUUGUCUAGUUUAUGCUUUCAUCUUUGCUAAUGUUAAUAUCCGAUUAAGGGUGGGAUUAUUUUCAUUCUUACACAUCUUUGGAAUGGUAUUUUAUGCGCGGAUGUUUCUCUCUUUCUUCUGUAAAUUGCUUUAUGAAGAUAGUGUAUAGUGUGUGUUUUCUCAUCUUAUUUUCAAAACCAUCUACUAGUUUAUCCUCAGUUCAAAUCGAACAGCAAUUUUGGCGCGUAAUUUCCGUAUUUCUUGUUGAUUCUUGCUCUUGUUGCUUAAUCUUUCGAGGGCUAUUGAAUGACUACUUCAUAUUUUUGUAGUUCAAUUAACCACGUCAACAUCCUACUACUACUGGCUAGUAAGGCUAUAUUUGUGGUAUUAACACCACUAUCCCUUGCUAGUGCUAAUUUAUUGAAAUGAUGUAGAUAUGGCAUUCUUGUUCACAUAAAGAAUUACUAAAGUCUAUGUUCUCCUUGAUUAGUUUGUAUGUUUAGAUCUGUUAGUGUUAGUUUUUAGGCUACUUAAUUUCAUUCAGUAAUACAUUUUGUUCAUGCUGAUGGUCAGGAAAUCAACUUUUCUUGUUUGUUAGAACCUGACACUAAAUAUUCACUGUAAAACUAUUGUGUUUAUUAAUUAAUGAGUCAUAUAUUGUUUUUCUUUUCCAAGAAAUUUAUGAGUCUUGUUAAUUAUUGUAUUACAAUGUGUCUCCAUAUGUUUUAUGAGAGUUAGUCAGUCUUUAGAAUGAUAAGAUCAUCAAUUGAUGAUUUGAUAAAAUUGGUUUCUUCAUGGAUAACGUAUUAUAUUAUCUCCUCACAAUUGACUUGUAAGUUUGGCUUGGUGGUUAAAUUACUGAAAUUUCAACCAUUUUAUCGCAGCCGGUUCAACUACAACAUCCCUUUUUUAAGUUCGAUUUAGUCAGUUAAGUAGUAUUACUAGCAGCAUUCGUUUAGAAUGUGCUUUGCUCAAAACCGAAUGCGCAAACAACACACACAUACACAUUUGCUUCCUAGCACGCUUUGAUAUUGUUAUUCGAGUGUAUUAAUUAGUUGUACUUUCAUUGGGGCUCUAUCAGGGUUUGGGGCACCUAGAUUCAUGUAUACACAUUCACAGAAUAAUUACUCUGUGUAUACUUUUCCAUUUGUGCAAUGACAUAGUUACCGUGUGUACUGAUUUUCACUGCAUGUACCAUAACACAACAACUACAUUGGCUAAACUUCACAAUAUGGUGGUGUGUGUUGCUUUUUUUUAGAAAAUGUUUUUUCAGAGGCGUAUUAUGUGCUCGUGUGUAUGUGAUGUAUGUUUCAGAAUACGAUACCAAGUGACAUCAAUCGAUAUUCUGACGGACAUAUUCCACAUCGUAUUGUGAUUGUUACAUGCGACUGCGUACGCAACUUAAUUGAUAAUUUAGAUAAAUAGGUGCAGAUAUACACACAAUCAUUGAGAUAAUUUGUCAUUCACAGCAAUACAAUAAUGUUUUGUUAAUUGUAAUCUUAUAUAUAGGGGUAUACACACAUUGUAUGUACAUACAUCAAUAAGAUUAUUAUCCAUUUAUAUUACCAUUAUUAUUUUUGGGCGUAAGCUACACUGGUCUCAUGUGUUUGUUUCUCUAUUCUCUACAGUGGUAUGGAUCGAUUAUCAUCGCUUAAUUAUACAUAUGUAUAUUCAUAGAGGGAGUGAGAUGUUCUGUCGAGCAUCGCAUUAUCUUUAGUAUUAGUUUGAUUCCCCUGUAGACUACUUCUUGAACAUUCUCAAGAAGACUAUGCAGCUGCGUGUGCGGGUUGUAUGUGUGAAUGUAUGCGUGUGAAUGGAUGUGACCACUUUCUCACCUUUUCUAAAUAGCCAUCUAAAGGCUUGAUAUAACUAAUUGUGCAACUCAUCAGAUUUUUCUGUUCCAAGGUUUAAUUCUAAAAUUCUGUUUUCUCCAACUUGCUCAUGUUCAGCUUUCAGUUAUAAACGUGAUCAGGAACAAGAUGUUUGAAAAAUCUUUUUAGUUAGAUUGGAAUAAGACAAAUAUAUCGAGCUCGAUUAUGUCAACGUCAGUUAAUGACAGUACAACCAAAAAAUCAACGAUGGUUGAUUAAGUGAUAAUCCAACAAGGUAACAGUUCAAGCGAUAUAACUUUAACAAUUAAACCGCAACCGAUUAUGAGAGAUAAACUUUUCCACUAAGUCUAGGUCACUUAGAACAACCAAUCAUAAAGCAAAUCGCGAAAUGUUAAGCGUACGCGUGUUAUCGUUAGCAUGAGGUGAUAUACUAGGUGAAGCUGGAAAAGGGAAUUACAAGUAAAACAAUAACUGGCCCCAUUGGCUAUAAUAUAUAUAAAUACCAUACACAAAAAGAUAUAAAUCGUUAUAUCCCAGCUCUAUGACUGAAUAGUGAUUUUCUUUCUGCAUCAGUUUCGAUCCCAUGUGGUGUCGUGAGUACCCAUCUUUGUAGGAAUUUCUAAUUUAUGUCACUUCAUUUUCAAACUAUCCAUUUACUGUGUUGAUAUAGAUAUCUAGUUCUCAAGUUAUCUUCGACGAAACAACUUGUUAGUAUUUAAGAGUGAUACUAUUGACAGGCGUUCAUUAUAACGGCUUUUUCAAAAGAAAGUUCCAUGUCUUCAUUUUGAGUGAAUGUCAGAAGGAGGAUCUAAAUCUCGCGGGAGUAAGUUAGAUUGGAGAAAUAUGUAUAUCACUUGCUUUUGUAAAAGUCAGAUGGUUCAUGUGUCGUCUCAAGGCCAAAUACUAGGCGGGAAGUUACUGUGGAGCGAUGCCGUUAGAAGAAGGUUUCAGCUCCCAUUGUGUUUAGGCCAUGGAGGAAAAAUGUAUAAGUACUCGUGUUUUAUGAGUAAAAUUGUAGAAUGCAGAUAUAACCAUGAGUGAUUCUUAUGAUGUCUAUGUAGUCAUGGAAGUAGUGUCCAGCCAAUGAGCAGAGUUUGUAUGGAUCAAAAGUAUUUCAUAAUAAAAGUCAAAUUUUAGUUGUUUUAGGAAGUUUAUUUAUACUUCAAGGUAUCUAAUUUUGCGUCGUUACAUUUGUAAGAUAACUCCACACAAUAGAAUUGACAUGAGUGCGAAUUUUUUACGCUAAUAAUUUCUUUCUUGAAUGUUUCUCAUAGUCAUGAACAGUUUUAUUGUAGAACUGUCGUUGUCACCCUAUCGAUGUGUAAAAAUGGUUACCGAUUUUGAGAUUAUUACUUCACCAGCUCACCUAUUAUUCAACGGAUCAUUAAUAAAAUGGAAAGCUAAUCACAAUCGAGGGUGUGCCGUUUAGGUUUUUUGGCGCGGAAUUCAAAUAUCAUGUAUGACGAGCAGUAAAAGUACAUUUAUAUACUGCUCGAAACAUUGAAAACGAUAGUGGAAAAUUCUUUUUUACUACAGCAGAGUAAAAUUGAUAGUGUUGAACGUAUUAAAUGUUUGAUUUUCCUCUUUAGGUUGUAUAUAAUACGCAAAUAAACCUUAUCGUUAAGCUCUUAAUAUUGAAACACGCCCUAACCUGGUAACAUUUCAUUUGAUGAAUGAACUAAUCAGAUAGCGCCUCUUGUAGUUUUGGAUGAAAUUUAUUCAUCUAUAUGUCUGUAGGAAAAUUCGACACUACAACUAAUGUCUAACAUCUCAAACUCCAACCCUAAAGCCUUAAACCUUACCCUAAAUAUUUAACUUUAAACAGGAACAUUGUGGGGACUCUCGAAAAUCCGUUUGGGUUUUUAUAAUAGUCCGAAAAAGUGGACAAUCAAUCUCCCAUAAGGACGAGUUUAUAUGUCGUGUUUUUUCGAUUUACAAACAUAGUAACCUGUAGAAGACAUCAAUAGAUUUAUCAAUUACGUAACUCAGUUCACACUUUAUGAUGCUACUGUUUUCUUCCUCAUAAACUAUCUAUUUAUAAAAUGUGUUUACUGAUUGACUGAGAACUGGCAGGAAGUUCGUCCCGGAUUUUUAAGCUCUUCCUUAAAGUAUACUUUUACUGGUAUUUCUCUCGCGCAUUCAAUGUGAUAAAACAUAACGGUCAAUCAUUUAUGAGUUUCAUACAAAAACUUGGAAUUAUUUCACUCAGUUCAAAUUGACUGUACAGUACGCUCAUCGAUUUGUGUACACUAAGCAAAUAAACCCUGCUACUAAUCCCCUCUAAUCCUCUCAUAUCUGUAUGAUAGGUCUGGUCAGCCGUAGGAAAUGUGUAUCUUAAGUAAAGGGAAUCUCAAAGCACAAAAAGAAGUGUAAACUUUGUGAUAUAGAAUACCAAUUGAAAAUUUUUGGUGUGAAACUUAAAAGCUGUUGCCCAGUUUGUAUAGUUGAACAAAAUCUUCAUUUCUGAUAUCUUUGAUGGAUUUAUAUAUUUGUGUAUGUAUCAUAUUUAUGUGACAGUAUUGUAGUAGUCACAUCGAAUGUGAACUGGUGGUCUUUUUAUAGACCUCAUCAGUUGCAUAUUACUACAAUUCAGUGUGGUUGUUUCAAAUCACUCCCGUCAGUAUUAACUGUAGGAUGUCAGUAAUUAAACUGGUGAUUUAUGCGUAAUAUACCCAUUUUUAUGACUGUUGAGAAACUUGACAUUUUACUUGGAGCUGGAUAAAGUCAAUCAGUGCUGAAUCACUGCUGGUAUCUAAUCUUUCUCUUGUAACUAAUCGGAUGGUUUGGUCUUCAUCUUAGUGGUUUCCGAUGUUUCUGUUAAAACGUUGACUCGUCAAAGAAUGAAACUACUGACUUAUGGUAUCAGUUUGUUAUUUAAAUGUUUUUUUAAUGGUUUGUAGAUCCUUCGUUUUACUUUCCGAUUGUUGAAAUAACUACGUAGGCUAACCAUCCCAAGACUAAUGAUUAUUUAUUUAUAACUUACGUAUAACCUGCCCCAAAAGUUAAUGUAGGGUCUGCGGCGAGUGAAAGUUUAGACUAAUUGGAGGCUUUCGAAAUUCAUUAGAAUUCCUAUUAUCUUCCGUAUUAGUGAUCCAAAAUAAUGUGUAUCACAUAAUACGAAUUGUACACUUCAACUGCUGCUUGAUGUCCAGAGGAAUGUACG